AGUUUGACUUGUGCGGGCAUCCGUAUGAUCGACUUGUUACCACGGCAGCCAGGAAGAAGCUGUGAAGGGAGCGGACCGUGAGUGCAUUCUUGUUUAUCUUUCGCUCCUUUUGUGUGUACAUGCAGAGAUUGAGGCUUUGCUCGUUCUUUUUUCGGGGCUAAAACAGGUUACUGUGUAAGUAUUGCUGUCUCUCAUGUUACAUAUGUCGCGACGAAGAUGUCGAACUGUUAUUUUUUUUCUGUAGUGGUUCGUUUGCUAACCUAGUAUUUCUUUCUUAAUCUUCAUUAGUCUCAAAGAAAAAAACUGUCAGUCUGGAUAAGGAAGACAAUCAGUGCCACUUUACUCACCUUUGUCUAGAUAAAGACAGAAAUUCAGGAGGAAAAAAGAGUAAACGUUACCGCUGAGGCCAAACAAAAAUAAUCUAGAAAAUAUCAGCUACCAAAAACUAAGAUGCAACAAAAAAGGACAACAAAAGUAAAUGCAAAUAUACAGAGUCAGGGUGGACAGAUAUCUCAGCUCUUCAGUGGCAAAUAAAGACAUUAGAAUAGACAGAAAAGCAUUAAGGGAAGGAAAAAUGUCCAAAGAUCUGGUCUGUAAAAGUGAGUUUUAAGAAGUGAUAUAAAAAUGUCACUGAAUCUGCAUGUCUUUCCUCCUCAGGAAGGCCAUUAAAAUUGAUGGAUUAAGCUUGGUCUCCUUUAGAUUGGAGCCUUAACUUUGGCAAGACCAGAAACACCUCAUAUAGGAAUCAAAGGUUACCAGAAGUCAGAAGAAAAGCUUUAAAAGUAAUCAGUAAAAUCUGAAAACAAAUCCAAAAGAGAUAGGAGUGAUGUGACUCUGUCUUUUCGAGCCAGUAGUAUGCUUUCUGUGGGUUACUUACAGACACAGAGAUGCCAAUUUCAGCUAUCCUUCACCAGGUGGAUUAGAUCUAAGUUGUUGUGGAUAUUUACCUCUGGUUGGCAGUAGCUCAGGAGGUAGAGCUGUCGGCCAAAAACCAGCAGGUUGGCAGUUUAAACCCACCUUGCUCCCAGUGUGUGUGUCCUCCACUGGUAUAUGAUUGUGGAUGUUGUGUGGUGGUGGUCGGAGAGGCCAUAGGCCAGUGGUUCUCUAUUCCAGUCCUCAAGGCCCACUGUCCUGCAUGUUUUGGAUGUUUCCCUGCUCCAACACACCUGAUUCAAAUGAUCAGCUCGUUAUCAAGCCAUUACAGAGCUUGAUAACGAGCUGAUCAUUUGAAUCAGGUGUGUUGGAGCAGGGAAACAUCCAAAACAUGCAGGACAGUGAGCCUCGAGGACUGGACUUGAGAACCACUGCCGUAGGCUAACACUGGCAGCUACGUUUCCGUCAGUCUGCCCCAGGGCAGCUGUGACUACAAAGGUAGUUUACCACCACCAAGGUGUGACUGUGUGAGCGAAUGAAUGAUGUAUCCAAUGUAAAGUGCUUUGAGGUCACUGACAAAAAGCGCCAUAAAAAUCUUAUGCAUUAUUAUUAUUAUCUUUUUCCUCAUUACACAGGAGAGGCUAUGGGCAUCCGAAUAGGCUAAGCAUAUUAUUGCAGCUUGGGCUGUCACCAUGGGCACUGCGUCCUCCUUGGUCAGCCCAGGUGAGGUGAUUGAGGAUGGGUAUGGUGGUGAAGGUGGGGAAGCUUGUGAGAUCCCGGUGGAGGUGAAGCCCAAAGCCCGACUCCUGCGCAGCUCCUUCCGCAGAGCACCGCGGGUGAUCGGGGCCAGUUUCAAAUCCACAGGAUCAGUGGAUCUAGAGUAUGCAGCUGAGUAUGAAAGACUCCGCAAAGAGUAUGAAAUCUUCCGUGUCAGCAAGAAUAACGAGAUCUCAUCUAUGCAAAAGAAGGAGGCCAAGCUGGACGAGGAGAACAAGAGGCUGAGAGCUGAGCUGCAGGUACUGACUCUAUUAGAGUCGAGGAUCUUAUAACAGGAUGAGUGUAUUGAGUAAAAAAUUUAAUGGACGUUCUUAUGUUCCUCAAUAGGCCCUGCAGAAAACCUAUCAGAAGAUCCUCAGAGAAAAAGAAGGUGCUCUUGAGGCAAAGUACCAAGCUAUGGAGAGGGCUGCCACCUUUGAACAUGACCGAGACAAAGUCAAACGACAGUUUAAGGUAAACUACACAACAGUUGUUACUGUGUGAUACUCUUCUAAUUCAUCAUGAUUGUAGUCUUAACCAUUUGGCAAAAUAACCCCUAGAUUUUCAGGGAGACUAAAGAAAAGGAGAUCCAGGAUCUCCUACGGGCCAAGAGGGAUUUGGAGGCCAAAUUGCAGCAGUUGCAGGCUCAGGGUAUUCAGGUCUUUGACCCGAAUGACUCUGACUCAGAUGACAACCAAACCACAGUUACUGGUAAGACUCUGAAGUCUGUGAUGUAUCAUAUUAUUCACUCUCUCAUCUUUGCAGACUUAACGGGAUAUUCCAGCGUAAAAUUAAUUUAGGGUCAAACACACUGUGAUACCGAGUUAGACACCCCCUCGAGAAAUGAUUGUUGCCGAUCGCUUGCUUCUCUAGUUACCAACUUUAGCAACAACCGCAGGAUAGUAAUAAACAGCAGCCUGAGAAGCCAUAGACAAACCUCAACCAAAAAGCCACUCUAUAGCCACAAAUAAUGCUCAGGACAGCACCUAACUUCAUCAACAGUACAUAUAGGGUCCUAGCACAGCACUAGACACCAAACAUCUUUUUAACUUUGCCUGAUUUCUUUAGCUAAGAGACUAAACACAACUCACCUACUCUCUUCCAGCAGCUGCUUGUUUGUAGCGAGACCUCAGGCCAGUCCAUUACGGACUACAGCAGGGUGACGCAGCUCAAGGAAGAACAUGUAUGAUCAUUUCUUUAUCAUUUCCUUGAAGAAAUGAUCAUGGCUCCUCAGACUGCUCUGUAUUGCUAUCCUGCGGUCAUUACUAAAGUUGGUAAACUAGAGAAGCAAGUGGUCGGCAACAUUCAUCGCUGAGGGGGUGCCUAACUCGGUGUUACGGUUUGUUUGACCCUAACUUAAUUUUUUGCCAGAUUAUCCCUUAAAUUUUCCAUCAGAAUUUAAAUUGUAGAGUCUUAACCUUAAUCAAAGAUCAUCAAAAACAUUAGUUGUUGUCUGGAUGUCUCAGCUGCAGGAACUCAGUGUGAAUACUGGUCUGGUGGAGUACUUGGAAGUGAGCCCUCUAUGGGAAGUAUGAUGCAAUUGCAACAAACCUUUCGAGGACCUGAGUUUGCACACAGCUUGAUAGAUGUGGAGGGACCUUUUGCAAAUGUGAGCAGAGGUAAGCAAACAAACAUAAGUACAUACACUGGAACAAAAAUGUGAUAGUGUUUGUAAAUGGAUAGUUUUGACUGAUUUUCAUAUGCUUGUGGUCCAAACCUCUUCUCUUCUGUUUGUGUGUUUGGGUCAGAUGACUGGGAUGCUGCUGUGGCCAGUCUGCUUCAGGUCUCCCCUCAUGUGCCUCAAGCUUUAUGGAGUAACACAGUGCGCUGCUACCUAAUCUUUACCCAGGAGACUAAAGCUGAGCUUGAUAUCUUUAUUAAGGUUGGUUCAAUUGACUAGAUGAUUUAAAAUAAUCAAGGUGUCUCUGCUUAGAAGAAAGCAUCAAAAGUUGAAUAUACUGUAUUACACCAAGUUUAAUCAAAGAGUCUAGUGUAGACCUAGUUUGAGGAUCAGACUCUGAGGAAAAUCUUUUGACAUUACCUGGUUUGAAAGCAGAAAUGUGCCCCAAAGUUUUGACUGGUAAAAUCUGAAAAUGCUAUAUCAUUCUUCCAGAAACACUCGACCAUGCUACGGAGGUUGUGUGAGGGUCUUGGCCAUUUUUACCUGAAUAUCUGCUUCCCAGAGGAAAAUGCUGCCUCAUACUCUGUCGAACGCAAACAGGAGAUUGAAAGAAGCUCUGUUUGUGUGCUGCUUCUCAAAUCUACAGUCACAAGGUACAGUAACUCUGUUAUCUUUGUGGAGUAAGAUUGGCAAUUAAAUGAUAAAGUAUAUUGUUUCAAAAUGUUCCUCUUAUAUUAACUGGUAUGUGCAGCUCUGCGGUCGAAGAUUGUGAGGAGGCUUUUGUGAAGAAUCCUGACGGCCAUCCACUGGUGCUCUACCUCAGGACUGAAGAAGGUCACAAUUUAACUGGACACACCAGGCAACUGCUAGAAAGGGUUAAUGCUGCAGAUAAGGCUGCUAAAGUCAAGGUUUGUGUGUGCUCUAUGUUAAUGAAAUAAGCUACAGAAAGAAAUGAGCUUUUUAUAAAGAAGCCAGUCUCAGAUGGAGACUAGGUUUGUGAUUUUUGAUGUUUUUCCACCUCCGUAAAUCCAGGUUGUGGAUCACAGUGGCUCUGCAGAGGAAGGAGCUGCCCUGAUUUAUGCUCAGCUGGAAAAAGUCAUCAAACAGGUACUGACUGCCUCUCAGCAGCAUCAGAUAAUAUUAUUCAUAAUGUUCAACUUCCUCUUCUUCAUCUCCCAUGUAGGAAUUGCUGGGUCUUGAAGGAGUUGAUGUUGACUCCAAGGAUUCUGGGAUAGAGGAAGGGCGUGAGGAAGACUCAGGAGACGUGCUGUGGGACCUCCAUGAUGAGCAGGAACAGAUGGAGUCCUACCAGCAGGCCUGUAGCAGCACCACCUCACAGCUAGGCUUCCAGAAGGUAGGCCCAAUACUCUCUCUUUUUAUUUAAUCUUCUUCUAUAAUAUUACUUUCCUCAAAGUCUGAGAAGUUUGUGAUUUAUCUUCUUCUUCAGUACAUAGAUCGUCUGAAUGACAUGAUAGCUGCUCCCCCUCCCACCCCUCCUCUGCUGGUUUCUGGAGGUCCAGGCUCAGGGAAAUCUUUGCUGCUCUCCAAAUGGUGAGUAAGAUGUAAUACCUCCUGUGACCAGUGGACUCUACUCAAUUUAAAUGAUUAGAAAACAACUGCAGUUCAAAGCCUUUCUAAUGCUCUUCUGAUCCUGUUCAGGAUUGAGCAGCAGCAGAAGCAGUCCCCCAACACCCUGUUCCUUUAUCACUUUGUCGGUCGCCCACUUUCAACACGUGCAGAGCCUGUUCUCAUUAUCAAACGCCUCACAGUCAAAGUAAGGGCUGUUCAUUGUUUGCUCUUUGAUAAUUCCAGUGCUGGAUGCUCGGUCUUGUUGAAUAACUCUGGGACUCUGAUAUCUGCGUGUUGUCACACAGCUCCUGCAGCACUUCUGGUCCAUCUCCGGCUUGUCCAUGGAGCCCAGUAAGAUCUUGGAGGAGUUUCCCCGCUGGCUUGAGAGACUUUCAGCACGCCAUCAGGGAAACAUCAUUAUCAUCAUUGACUCCAUUGACCAAAUACAAGUACGUCUCCUUUCUUGUUUCUUUAGUUCUUUUUGAACCAGAAUUAUAAAACCCCUGACUUUGUAUUUUUAUUUAUUUUUUAUUUAGCAAGCAGAAAAGCACAUGAAGUGGCUAAUCGACCCUCUUCCUGUCAACGUCAGAGUGGUGGUGUCUGUCAAUGUAGAGACGUGCCCUCAAGCUUGGAGGUGAGAACACUCUGCUUGACUAUAAAAUUCCCAAUUAGUAUUUUGUAGAGAUGGGAUUUAUGGCUCUUUUAAGGAUCUUGAGGAACCGUUCAAAAGACUGGCUCAUUGUUUGAUCUAUUUAUUUCUUAGAAGCCAACUAGGGCUACACGUUGGAGUUCACUUUCAUUUGGCUUGUGUUUUCAUUGUAAACAUCCUAUAAGAUGGUGCAGUAUCUCCUUCCAAUAUCUCUAUUUUUAAUUUUUCCCUCACCUAAAAAUCUUUGUGGCACAGUGAAAACUACACAAGCUACAGAUAACUGAUAAAAAACUAAGACAUGAUAAAAAUGUGAAUGCAAAAUUCUAAAACCCUACCUGGUGUUUGGGGCACACAAGUGAGACGUGAAGGCAGCAUUAGCAGUUUGCAUACGAGAACAGCUUGCAAACAAACGGCUCGCUAGUGUGAACUGAUUCUUAUUGUUCACUUGAAAGAACUGUUCAAACGACUGACUCGUUCAUGAGUGUCCCAUCUCUGGAUAUUUGUUGUCUGGUUUUAAGGUCAUACUUUUGAAAAUGUAUAAAAAUAUCUCUGAAUAUGCUCCUGUGAUAUUUUCAUGUAUAGCUCCAUUGACAUUCAUAGGUUGUGGCCCACACUCCACUUGGACCCCCUUAGCCCCAGAGAGGUCAGGAGUGUUGUAAAUGCAGAGUGUCAGAGCAUGGACCUGAAAUUAACAAAGGACCAGGUCAGUAAACAUCCAGUAAUAUCCCUUUCAGGGAAAAAAAAUAAAAUAAAAUAAAGGGAUUUAAAAACAGUUGAAGUUCUUCGGUGAAGCCAGUGCUUAAAUGUGGCCUUUGUUCCAGGAGAAGAAGAUGGAAAGACACUGUCGCUCUGCAUCAACCUGCAACCCUUUGUACGUCACACUUUUGGCAAGGAUGAUCACCAGGUGGGCCACUUUGGGUUGCACAAUACUAAAUUUAAAAACACAUCAGAGAAAAAAAGAUCUCCUCAUCCGUCAACUAUGACUGAAUACACAAUGACUUGAUUGAAAGGCAUUUUAUGAAAACCAGUUUGACUCUUGGAAAAAAAAGCCCCACACAAAUCACUUUUUAAUUAAAUGAAAUGUUCAGAGAUGUAGGUAAAGGAAUUGAAUUUGCUACCCUUAGUUGGGUAAUUUGGCUGAAUGUGUGGUUAGGAUUCUGUGCCACCUUCUCUUCCUCUCCUCCAGCACAUCAUGUUGGUCGCAGGAGAAGAGCCUGGAGCAGUGUUUGCAGUGUCAGGACACAAUGUCACUCUACCGCUUGGCGCUCAAGAUGACACUCACCUCCCUAAAAACUGACAGAGAGCGACACAUUAUGAGAGAGGUGAUGUGUCCACUUAACUACCCCUUACAAUUUUAACAUGAAGUAUUUUCCUGUUUAUUAGUUUAUUCCUGUCUGUUUGUCCUGUUCUUUUUCAUACUUUGCAUUUUUGUUAGUCGUGUGAAUUCUUGCCUUAGGUUGCAGAGGAAUACAUUGUUGUUGUUUUUGUCUGUCUUUAGAUGUUGUGCUUUGUGUGUGCCAGCCAUAAUGGAAUAAGUGAAUCAGAAGUGCAAGACCUUUUCCCAGAACUAGAGCUGCCUGUCCUCUCCUCGCUGUUUCAUCGUCUGAACAGACUCUGCAUUGUCACCCUUCGAUGUGGGCUUAUUAGGUUUCAACACCUGCAGGUUAGUGAGCUUUUUGAAUGCCCCAAAAGUCAAAACAAAACAAAUGCAAUAAAGAAAUUUAGGUAUUCAUGAGGCAUCUGAUGAUCCUCUUUGUCGUACAGGCUUGGGAAGCAGUGAGGUUGGAGUUCCUAGGAGGAGGGAGCAGUUCGGCCGCCUACAGAGAGAAACUUAUACACUACUUCAGUCAACAGCUCAGGUGCUUUACAGCAGUCAUGUCCAACUCACACAACCCAAGUCAGUGUGCAAAUUGUUUGAUUCAAGUCAUUGUGUUUUGAUUUGUGUUCAGUCAGGACCGUGUGACCUGGCGUGUUGCAGAUGAGCUGCCCUGGCUGCUCCAACAACAGGAGGAUAAAUCUAAACUACAGCUCAGCCUCCUGAACCUUUUUGUCUCCCAAAACCUCUACAAGAGGUACAAAACAUGCACACACAGAAGUAGAUAUGACAAAACCAUGUCGAUUCAGUCUCAUAGGUGUAUGUUUGUGUGUUUUUGUGUGUCUGCAGGGGUCAUUUCUCUGAGCUGCUGGCGUAUUGGCAAUAUGUUGGCAAAGACAAAAGCUCCAUGGCCACAGAGUACUUUGACUCCCUGAAACACUAUGAGAAGAGCUGUGAGAGUGAAGACAGCAUGACCAAACUAGCUAACUUAUACGAGACUUUGGGACGUUUCCUGAAAGACCUGGGCCUUCCCAGUCAGGUAGUAAAAGUAACUUUUUACCAGCGAGUAUUUGAUAUGAUAGGGUGACCAUACGUCUUCUUUUACCAGGGCAUGUCCUCUUUUUUGGGGGGCUGUCCGGCCUUGUCCAGGGGAGUUUAUAAAAUCCAUCCGAGGUUUUGUAUGAAAAUUUUGAGUUUGUGUCGCAUGGACUUACUGAGUUAGAAGCGCAUAAAAAAAUACUCGAACCAACCCAAAAAACUCUAAAAAUUUACGACACGUGACUCCGUGACUCUGUAGUAGUGUCCUCUUUUGGGGGAUUCAGGAUAUGGUCACCCUAUGAUAUGACAUGGCUAAAAGUAAUUUUUAUGUCUUUAAAUGUAUUUUUGCUUAAUUUCUUCUUAGUUCUCCUCAUGUAUGCGUCAAUGUCUCCUCAGACAGAGCUUACUUUCAACAUUUACAUACUGAUCUGAUUCUGUGUCUAUCUCUUUAGGCUGUUGCCCCUUUACAAAGGUCACUUGAGAUCAGAGAAACAGCUUUGGACCCAGACCAUCCCAGCGUUGCUCGCUCACUCCACCAGCUGGCCGGGGUUUAUGUUCAAUGGAAGAAGUAUGGUAAUGCUGAGCAGCUGUACAAGCAGGCCCUGGAGAUUAGUGAGAACGCGUAUGGAGCAGAGCAUGCAAGUGUGGCACGAGAGCUGGAGUCACUCGCCAUGCUCUAUCAGAAACAAAACAAGUAAAUGCUUCUCUCAGUUUUGACGUGCAUGAUGCUACUUUUAUAAUUGAUCCCUUUUGAAAAGUAUGUGGUAAACAAGAGGUAUCCCAGCUCUAAUCAUGAUCUGAUGAGAAGUCACUGACAAAAACACUUUAACAGCUCACACCUGGCAUUUUACUAUCAGGUAUGAACAAGCAGAGAAACUCAGGAAGACGUCUGUGAAGAUCCGUCAGAAGAAUGCCCGCCAGAAAGGUCAUAUGGUAAGCAUAUUUUGCAGAUUCUCACAUAGUUAGUCAUUCUCAUUUCAUCAGUCAAAUUGUUAAAAUGUCAUUCCUCUCCUCCUUUCAGUAUGGCUUCACUUUGCUGAGGCGCAGGGCCCUGCAGCUGGAGGAGCUGACUCUCGGAAAAGAUUCGGUAGACUGCGCUAAGACACUGAAUGAGCUGGGCGUCUUGUACUACCUCCAAAACAAUCUGGAGUAAGAGAGCAUGGAACAGCUGGCACCCACAUCAACAGGGACUCAGAGAAAAUGUCUCUAGAGUCUUGGAUGAAACGAUUCCUGAGAUUUUUCAAAUAUUCACCAAAAUGUUUAAGUUUCCAAAAAUUCCUAAAAAUGUCAACAUUUUUUUAAGCUCCUUAAAAUUCCUUAUUCUUGACUUAAAUUUCUAAAAAAAAAUCUUCUUGGUCCAAAAAAUUCUGUUGUAUCUUUUUCAAAAGUUUCCAUUGAAAAGUUUAAAAACAUUUAAGGUUCAGAAAUUUUCUUUUAAGAAUUGACAGAAAUUUGUGAAAGCUUCCACAAGAAUCCAUUGAAAGUUUCCAGAAGAGAUUUCUUAAAACUGACUGAGAAAUUAAAAAAAAAAAGUGAAAGUACCCGAGAAAUUUUGAAAAAAUAUAUGUAUGAGUUUCAAAGAAUUCUCAAAGUUUCCUUUGAAAAGAUUAACAAAUUUUUCUUAAAUUUCCCCAAAAUUUGUGGUUGAAAAACAUUGGAAAGUUUCUCCAACUUUAAAUUCAAAUUUUCAAGAGAGACACUUGAAUGUUUCAAUUAAACACCUGAUUAAUAAGUCAAAAGAUUCUGGAAAUCUCAGCCAACAUCAUUUUUUGCAUUAUGAACAUUUUAUAUACUUGUGGUCUCUUUCAAACUGCACUUUUUAUCAACAAACCUCACGUUUUUUUUUUUUUUUCUUUUUCAUCAGCACAGCCAAAGUUUUCCUGACACGCUCUCUGGAGAUGCGGCAGCGUGUCCUUGGUCCAGACCACCCAGACUGCGCUCAGUCCCUCAAUAACCUGGCUGCGCUACACUCAGAAAGGAGAGAGUAUGAGACAGCUGAGGACAUGUACGAGAGGGCGCUGGACAUCCGCAAGAGAGCCUUAUCUCCAGACCACCCCUCUCUGGCAUACACACUCAAACACCUGGCCAUGCUGUAUAAACGCAGAGUGAGACACAUGUUCAUUAACACCACAGCACAUGCUGCUCUCUGCUGUGUUUGUUGUUGGUUCAGGGUCUGAUUUGAACAUGUGUGUAUUUUUCUAGGGAAAGCUGGAGAAAGCGGUGCCACUGUACGAGCUGUCUCUUGAAAUCAGGGAAAAAAGUUUUGGGCCCAAACACCCCAGUGUGGCCACAGCACUGGUCAACCUAGCUGUAAUCUACUGUCAACUAGUGAGAACAUUCUCCGUUUAUUUAUUGUUUUGGCAUGUUCGACUGAUUCUGUUUCAUACAAACUGAAGACCUCCAUGUAUCUGUUUGUCUUUGGCAGAAGAAGCACAGCGAUGCCUUGCCUCUUUAUGAACGAGCGCUGAAAGUGUAUGAGGAUAGUCUGGGUCGCUCACACCCCAGAGUCGGAGAGACCCUGAAAAACUUGGCUGUGUUAAGGUAGAGCAUUUGACUUUACAUUUAGCUAAUUAUAAUUUCAAUCUUGUAUACACAUUUCCCUUUUUUAAUCCUUUUUUUUGUAAAUAGCUAUGAAGAGGGUGACUUCGAGAAGGCAGCAGAGCUUUACAAACGUGCAAUGGAGAUCAAGGAGGCCGAGCCAUCGCUGGUGUGUGGGAACGCCCCGUCUCGACACUCCUCCAGCGGGGAUACAUUCAGUCUGAGGGGACCUGCACCCCUCUCACAUGCCCCAAGGUGACUCUUCAGUCAUUUAAUGCCAAGCAUGAAUGAAAAUAACAAGUGGUACAAACAAUAUAAGACCCAAUGGUGCUAUAAGAAAAGAACCAUUGUGGUGCUCAAACUGUGAUUGUUGUCCAUAGGGAGGUUGUAGGAUUUGGUCAGAUAUACUGUAUCUGUAGAAGUCUGCAGUAUCAGCUUGUGAAAGUAUGUACUUUUACUUAAGGUUUAUAAUGAUUUUCUCAAACUAAGCAAAUGUAAGGGGAGCUCUAUCAGUCCUUUUUAUGAGCCUUGAAGUCAGGUUUACACUUCCAUCCUUUAGUUCUUUUAUAUAAAUACUCAAAGUCUAAAUCACUCAAACAGCUCAGCAGCAAAACUGCAUUCUUUUGCAAACUCAAGAUGGAAGCUGUGUUUCGUCAACCAUGAAAAAUAUAAACACAAAGUCAGUUCUCCCUCUACUGUACUGCAGAUAUUACUUUAUGCACUUUUUCAAGUUCCUAUUUUAAUUUCCUGAAUGAUUACAUUUUCUAAGAAAAAGGUGCAUUUGUAUGUGAUAUGAUUCUAUGUGAUAUGUUUUCAUUAAGUGAGUUCUCUCAGUAUUACCUAUGUGACCCAAAAAGGGGAAAAUUAAAGUAAUGUUAAUAAUGUUACCAGUAUUCAAUUUCCAAAAAGAGGCCAUGACAAUGACUGAAUAUAAAAAAAAUAUAUAAACUUUAGGAUAAUCAAUGAUGGUGCCAUUUAAGUGUUAAAUUUAAAGACAUUAAAUUAUUGAUUUCUUUUCAUCUAACUGAAUGUACAAAAAUUUAAAAAUGUAUAAAUGUACCAAAAAUCAAUGAUCAAAUUGCCAAAACCAGCAUGUUCAAUGUAUUUUAAGUGUUCUUUUAUAUUUGUGUAUUCAUGUAAAAUCUGUACAGGACAAGAAAAAUCACAUCAGUAUUUCAAAAAGAUGUAUUCCAUCUAAUAAAUAUUUUAUUGAGACAAUGUAAACAUUGUGCAGCAGAUUUUUACUGAAAGCUGAGUGAUUGAAGCUCACACAUGAAAGACACACUCUCACCAACCAAAACCAGGAGACAUACAGAUUGUUGUACUGGUUAAUGCACUAACUGUGAUAUUAUCUUCAGUUUACAGGCAUUUCAGAGACUUUUUGAUUUCCAAGAGCUUUGCAAGUUCUCUGUACAUCAGCUAAAUUCCCUCUUACUCCGCUUUUUUAGUUGGUGUGAAAUACUAUCAGCAGUCCCUUAGAUUCCCCACUCUUCAGCUGUUAAAAGACUCUGGUAGUAGUUUGAUUGACGUUAAUUGGCUUUAUCAUGAAGAUGCUUGUUAUCAAAUAAAGCAAUGGAAGUGAGAAAACGCAUGUGUUAACUGGACAGGCAGCUGCUUACAACUUUCUCAUCUGAGCCAUCAGCUCCUCCAGGCUCUGUUCGGUCUCCUCCACGGUCUCGCCACUUGCUGCAGUCUAGUUUACAACACAAGGAAGCAGAGUUUAGUAAGGAUGGGAAAACACUUUAAGUAGUAUCAUUAAACACAGAAAUUAUGUUGAUGUAAAAAUCUGUCUAAAUGUAUCCUAUUCCCACAGCACCAGAUUUUCUUUGGCAUGGAAUGUAGAUUAAAAAAUUGAGACCAAAUGGAGAUUUCAGAGCUAUGAUGUAUCAUUUAACACUCACCUCAGCUGGAAUGGUGUAAGCCACAGUAAUGCCUUCUGGGAGGUCUGGUGCAGUACCUGAUGCAGCCUGUAAUUCUGCAUCAGUCACCUCUGAGACUACUUCAAUACCUGCAGAGAAAGAAUGAAUGUUCAGCUGAUGACAUGAUAUGUAGCACCAAAGAACUUCCAAAUGACUUUGCUUGUUGAAAAAGCAGUCAGGAGCUCACCCCACUCAUUGUCCUCAUGUACCACCACCUCCUCUUCUUCCUGUACAACUUCAACUUUUGGCCUCUCUGCUUCUUUCUUCUGUGGGGGGAAUCAUAACAGAAAUCGACAUUAUUAGCUUUCAACUUGUAAAGCAACAAAUGAGGUUCUUAACAGGGUUUGCUCUAGUUUGUAAUGUCUGCUGACAGACUGUAACCUCUCACCUUGUAUUCCUCCUGUUGUCUCCUGCAGUAUCGGUCGUUGCACUGCGGGUUCGCUUUCAUAGCCAUGCUGGGAAAGAAGUCCUGCAUUGCAUUGUAGCCAAGAUAAUAACUGACGGUGCCGAACUGUAACAGGUACCUACAGACAACAGAAUUGUUGCUGAAAUGUUUAAAACUGAACAUAUGGAGGUCUCCAUCAGGGCAAAUCCAAAGAUAUCUUACUUGAGGACAUUUUGCACCAGGAGGCCUGCAACCACUCCCAUAGUUGUUGGUAAGCUGGCAGCACACACGCCCUCUCUUUUCAGGGUCUUCUCGUCAAUAUUGGCUGCUACAACCAGAGGAGGAGCACACUGAAAAAAGAGAGUCAUUGUAAUGUAACUUUUACAUAAAAUAAAACCUGAACAGGAGCUGUUAUUUGUAGGUGGAAACAUACAGCAAAACAUGCGGUCUCUCCAGGAAUGAUGAGCUGGAUGUGUCCUGAUACAGCAUUUUCACUAACACCAGACUCCAUCCAGAUCUGACCCAGCUCAUUACAGGCCUAAAAUGAAAAAGAAAAAAAUUAAGCACAAGAGAAAGAGAAAAGAAAUGCACAGACUUAACAUCUUUGAUUUGUUAUGAUUAUGCACUUACUGUGUUGAUGGCCAUUCUGGCCUCAAAAUUGUCUACACAGCUCAGGACUAAAUCCACAGGCUUCCCUUCUUCCAGCCCUCCAUGACUGACAAGACACAUAUUUACAUUUUUUAGUUGUCUUUGCCAUUAAGGUAAGAGAAAACUUUAACUUGAAACUAUAGAGUAGAAAUGUUUACCUGAUGCGGUCCAUGAAAUGUGUAAAAUUUUCCAUUGUAGUGAUGUUGUAGUUGUGGGUCUCAAAUGUAACGUCUGGGUUAAUGUUUCUGAAGAGAAAAUGAAAUAACAUGUGAGCAAAUAAAACCAGAUUUAUCUUUGUACUUUGGGAGAAUGGUGGAUUUACCUGAGUGUAUGCUCUGCUGCUUCCACUUUACUGAGGCCUGCCUGGUGAGGCUGGAAGAACAGUCUGUUCAUAUUGGCCAGCUCGACUUUAUCAUAGUCAAAGAGGAGCAGCUGUGACGAUGAAAGUAAAAUAAAUCAGAGUUCAAGAAGAGACUAAACUGUGAGGUGGUAUACUGUACAAAGAAAAAAAAAUGAAGUUUGUAUUACCUUACCAAUGCCACAUCUAGUGAGCAUUUCUGCUGUCACACUGCCAACCCCACCAACACCAACCACAGCGACUGUAAAUGUCCGGAUUUUCUAUCAAAACAAAUGUUUAGACGGUGAUCAGUAUAUCAGUAUAUAUUUAAAAUCGGCAACAAAAAUGUAAGUAAGAGAACUUAAUAUAUGGUAUUCUAGUCAAAACCUUACUUUCAGUGCAUAUAAAUUUGGCCAAACUGUGACAAUGUCUGGGAAAAUUACUUUAUGAAGUAAUCAAAUGUUAAAAUGAGUAGCAGGAAAGUCAGUCUAUCAGAAUGGAAACCUUUAAGAUACAAUGUAAUAGUGGGAUUUUACAACAAUUUUAAAUUGAAUCAACAAAUCAACUCUGUUGUUAAAUCUAGUUUUUAUCAUCUGAGGCUUUUAUCCAAGAUUAAAUCAGUUUUAUCUUUUAAUGAUUUUGAGCGAGUAAUUCAUGCUUUUAUUUCCACAUGGUUGGACUACUGUAUUGCUCUUUACGUUGGUGUUAAUCGGGCUUCUCUCACACACUUACAGUUAGUCCAAAAUGCUGCUGCUCGUCUUUUAACAGGUAAACGAAAACAUGACCACAUCGGUCAUUUUAUCACCUUAAUUUCUUUUAUGCUUUUGUGUUUUAAUUGCAUUUAUUUUGUUUCAUUUUAAACGUUUUUUUUUUUUUUUUACCUGCUUUUAUUUAUGUCAUCUUGAUGUUUCCAGCAUUGUGUGUUCUUUUAAUUUUAUUGUGCAGCACUUUGGUAGACUUGAAUGUUUUUUUAAAAUGUGCUAUAGAAAAAAGCGUGUUGGAUAUUG